UUAAUUUUAACCUAUGUCAUGUAUAUGUAAAAACUUGGGGGGAAACGGAGAUAAGCCCGGAUCCUUAUAGAAAGAAAAAACUCAAAACGCUAAUAACGCUCUAUUUUUCCAUUUUGCUUGCCCUUCUCUCUCUUUGUCUAAUGGAGCAAUCCGAGAGCUCAACGACCCACCUUCAUCACGAACCAGAAGAAGAACUAAACACGACCCAUCAGUUAACGCUUCCACCCGGUUUGAAACCGGAAGAAUCCGAUGAGCUCAAAUCAAGUGUAACCGAGUUCCACUCCUACCGAGUCAACUCAUCCCAAUGCUCUUCCCUACUCGCACGACGCAUCCACGCGCCGCCUCAAGACGUCUGGUCCGUCGUCCGCCGUUUCGAAAAGCCUCAAAUAUACAAACACUUCAUCAAGAGUUGUUCCGUCGGAGAGAACUUCUCGAUGGUCGUGGGUGCCACGCGCGAUGUCAACGUCAUCUCCGGUUUACCGGCGAAUACAAGUACUGAGAGACUCGAUUUGUUGGACGAUGAAAAGUACAUUACCGGAUUCAGUAUAAUUGGUGGUGAACAUAGAUUGAGGAAUUACCGGUCAGUUACUAGUGUACAUGGAUUCGAACGCGAUGGGAGAAUCUGGACCGUUGUCUUGGAAUCGUACGUCGUUGAUGUGCCUGAAGGAAAUACUGAAGAAGACACUCGUCUUUUUGCUGAUACAGUAGUCAAAUUAAAUCUUCAGAAAUUAGCCUCCGUCGUCGAAGCUAUAGCUCGUGGAGGUAACGGUGAGAUCUCAUAAAAUUGGAAUUUUAUUUUUUCUCUUCAUCAUAAUUUUCUUCUUUCUUUUCCAUUUGGUUGAAAUCAUCGCAAUAUAUUAUGUUUCUAAAAGGUUCACGGUAGAGAAAUCAGAAUCAUACCCUUCACAAGU